AUGGCCACUACAACAGAAGCACAAUCUGAUAUUAUCCUCGGAGAAGAAGUUUUGAAGGAAUAUAAGAAGGUUCGUUUGAGUAGCAGCAAAUCAAUGGUUGCUCUCAUUCUCAAGAUUAAAAAGGAUGAUGGAUCUAUUAUUAUUGAUGAUAAAUUAGAAGAAACCAAUUUUGAUGAUUUGCAAACUUUCCUUGAUGAUUGUAACCUCCAACCAAGAUUUAUUAUCUUGUCCUAUGCUUGGCAAAGAAGUGAUAGAGUUCAAUAUCCACUCAUGUCUAUUUUCUACACUCCAAAGAAUGCUAAUCCAUAUGACCAAAUGAUGUACUCUAGAUUGAAAUUGCCAUUGAUUAGAAAAUUGGACGUACCAAGAAGUUACGAAAUUCGUGAUUAUGAGGAUUUAACUGAGGAAUGGCUUUUGGAAAAUCUUAACAAGAAGUAA